AAGAUGUUUGUUGAUAAGUUGUAUCAGACUGGAACUGGCAAGAAAGAAGGCUGGCCUAACUCUCUACAAACCAAAGAAGAGACCGCAAAGUUUCUCACAAUGAUCAUGUUCACCUGCUCAGCCCAACAUGCGUCAGUGAACAAUGGCCAGUACGACAGCUAUGCCUGGAUGCCCAAUGGACCAACAACAAUGAGGCAGCCUCCUCCCAAGUUGAAGAAGGACGUCACUGAGGAGUACAUCAUGAACACUCUGCCAGACAUCAACGUCACCCUGGAAUCCAUGUCUGUGGCCCGUUUCCUCAGCCAGACCUCCCCUGACACUUCACACCCUGGAUAG